UGCUGAACAUGCGGAGUCUUCACCGUGCACAAACUGAGAAGAAUUUGGGCAUCAUGUGUGAGCUGCAAACUGUGUCUCUGAUGUGUCCACUGGGUCUUAUUCACAUAAGCAGCUGCCGAGAAGGAAUUCACACCAUCGAGCUCAAGCCAGACAGCGAAGAGUGUGGGUGUGGGUGUGUGUGUGCAGAUGAUCAACUGAAGUUGUUCCCGGAGUGUGUGAGCUGCGUGGCAUGGCUGAAGGCUUAUUUCAAAGACCCAAACUCCACACACACCCUCCCUCUGCCUUCUAUACACCACCCCAUUCUACUGGGAGAGUCAUGGACUGCGUGUGUGUUGCGCACACUGCAGAGCAAAGUGUGUGUGGGUGAGGUGGUGUCGUACGGACACCUCGCUCAGCUGGCUGGAAGACCCAAAGCUGCACGCGCUGUUGGUGGAGCCAUGCGCAAGAACCCGGUCCCGCUGCUGAUUCCAUGCCAUCGAGUGUGUUUGAGCAGCGGAGGGGCGGGGCACUACAUGGGUUGCCGUGGUGACCAUCUCAAACUCUGGCUGUUGGAGCAUGAGAAGAAUACCUCACAGUGAUGUACACACACAUACACAUACAUACACAUACACAUACACAUACACAUACACAUACACAUACACAUUUACUUGCACAUACAUACAUACUCACUCAUGCACACAGCGUGGAUGUGGUUUUGUACACACACAUACUGUACAUGCAAGCAAACACUUUUUCAAUCAGAGUUAUAUUUGUACGGUGAAAUAGUGUUUUUACACCAUCCAGAUUCAACCACAAUUAGAUUUUUAUAGUGAAAUAGUUUGUGUAGUUUUUUUACACAAUCGAGAUUUAAUCACAAUUGGUGUAUAUAUUUAUGUUGAGGAAACUGGAGUAGUUAUGUUCAAUUUGUUUAUGUGAUAUCCAUGUUCCUUUUGAACUGUGUGGAAUAAAUAGAUAUUUUUAUGUUCAUCGU